UCCGGCCACAGAGGCAGGGCCUCGGGGGAGCCAAGAGAGGCGGGGAGAGACACACUCAGAAGAGCAGAGACCAACAGACCGAGACAGAAGUUGGGAGGAAAGGGACCAGAGAGAAGCUGGGAGAAGCAGGGAACAGGGGCCUAGUGAUCUACACACACUUCAGUCCCCAGAGACACCCUCUCCUCAGAGACAUCCUUCUGCAGCUUUGGGUGCUCCGAGCCCAGUCUGAUGCAGGCAGCCUGGCUCCUUGGGGCCCUGGUGGUACCCCAGCUCUUGGGCUUCAGUCAUGGGGCUCGAGGAGCCGAAAGGGAGUGGGAGGGGGGCUGGGGUGGCGCCCAGGAGGAGGAGCGGGAGAGGGAGGCCCUGAUGCUGAAGCAUUUACAGGAAGCCCUGGGACUGCCUGCUGGGAGGAGGGACAAAAAUCCCGAGGGAAUCCCUGAAGGCAAAGGGGCUGGGGCGACAGAGAAGGACGGUCAGGGGGAGGAAGGCGAGGAGGAAGCAGUAACAACUCCCUACUCCAGCCCCAGCCCCUCUCCCACCCCUGAGGACACCGUCACUUAUAUCCUGGGCCGCCUGGCCGGCCUGGACGCAGGCUUGCACCAGGUGCACGUCCGUCUGCACGCGUUGGACACCCGCGUGGCCGAGCUGACUCGGGGGCUGCGGCAGCUGCGGGAGGUGGCGAGCGACACCCGCGACGCCGUGCAAGCCCUGCAGGAGGCGCAGAGCCGCGCCGAGCGCGAGCAUGGCCGCUUAGAGGGCUGCCUGAAGGGGGUGCGACUCGGCCACAAGUGCUUCCUGCUCUCGCGUGACUUCGAGGCUCAGGCGGCGGCGCAGGCGCGGUGCGUGGCGCGGGGCGGGAGCCUGGCGCAGCCCGCAGACCGCCAGCAGAUGGAAACUCUUACCCGGUACCUGCGCGCGGCGCUCGCACCCUACAACUGGCCUGUGUGGUUGGGUGUGUACGACCGACGCGCCGAGGGCCUCUACCUCUUUGAGAACGGCCAGCGUGUGUCCUUCUUCGCCUGGCACCGUGCACCCAGCCCCGAGCCCGGUGCAGGUCCCAGCGCCGCGCCGCACCCGCUCAGCCCCAACCAGCCCAACGGCGGCGCGCUCGAGAACUGCGUAGCGCAGGCCUCGGACGACGGCUCCUGGUGGGACCACGAAUGCGAGCGGCGCCUCUACUACGUCUGCGAGUUCCCCUUUUAGCGGGGCCGGUCCGCCGCCUCUCCAUUCCAUCCCACCACCUGCCCUUUGACUGGGCCGUGCACCCUGCGAGGACGCCCUUCCCUCUCUGCCCGCGGAUGGAAAUGUCUUCCCCUUGGCUGGCCGAUUCCUGGGGGGCUCCUGCGGGGUCAGGAUCCCUUCCUUGCCAACCUUUUCUGGAAGCGGUGGGCACCAGAAGAGGUCUGGCGCCAAUAAAGCCUUGUGCAAUCUGA